UUCCGGAUGAAAAUACGGUUGCAACAAAUGUUAAAAAGGGAUCCCCUUUUUCUGCUCCAGGGGUUUCAGGACAAAUACUCAGUGCUUAUAACGCACUGUGGCAUUGUGGCGGUAUGUUUCAGUUUUUAACACAUUAAUUGGACUGCUAACCAUGGGAGUGCACGGACUGUGGAGGCUGCUGGAGAGCACAGGGAAACCCAUCAAUCCCGAGACACUGGAGGGAAAGAUCCUUGCUGUUGACAUCAGUAUAUGGCUGAACCAGGCGGUGAAAGGGGUGAGGGACCGUGAAGGCAACAGCGUCCACAACGCCCACCUGCUCACUCUCUUCCACCGCAUCUGUAAGCUGCUCUUCUUCCGCAUCAGGCCAGUCUUUGUGUUUGAUGGGGAUGCACCGCUGCUGAAGAAGCAGACCCUUGCUCUGAGGAGGCAGAGGAAGGAGGAGCUGACUCGCGAGUCCAGAAACACCAACGAGAAACUGCUCAAAACAUUCCUGAAGAGACAGGCUAUCAAAGCUGCACUUGGAGACCACAGUAAGGAGCCUCUCCCGAGCCUCUCCAGCGUGAGGAGAAAUGAGGUGGAUGACAUGUAUGUUCUUCCGGCACUGCCACCCGCAGAGGAGAAAGCCAAAAGCAGCUCAGAGGAGGAGGAGGAAGAAAGAGAGGAGGAGGAAAUGGUUGAUAGUUAUUACAUGUAUCAGGGAGAAGUGUGUGAAGACCCCAACUCAAUGGACAUCAACUCAGAGGAGUUUGCCAGCCUGCCUCCUGAAAUGAAACAUGAGAUCCUCAAAGACAUGAAAGAGUUUUCCAAAAGACGGCGCACCAUGUUUCACAAACCUCCAGAGCGGUCCGGAGACUUUUCACAGUACCAGCUGGCUGGCCUGCUGCAGAGGAACCGGCUGAACCAGCGUCUGGAGGGUGUGGAGAAGGAGAUGAACCACCGGAGCGCGGGCAGUGCUCCAGAUGUCUGCCAGCAGGACGGAGCUCAGCAUAGCGUGGAGGCACAGCGGCUGGUUUCAGAAGACCAUUCUCACUAUAUCCUUAUCAAAGGUUCCAAAAAGAGUGAGACAGCCCCUGAGAGCCAACCUGCAGCUGCACCCUGGGCUGGGAGCUCCCUGUCAGGCUGUCAAAGACGGGCCAAAGACAAACCCGAGCCUCUUUGGCGUCCCGUCUGUGAGGAAGAAGAUAAAGCGCAAGCUACCUCCUCAGGCGACUCCAAACCCUCAGCAUCAAAACCGUCUGAUGGAGACGCUUCACCGCCCUCGCCUCGGACACUCAGAGCUAUCCAGGCUGUGAUUAACGAUAGCUCUGACGAGGAGAAGUCCGACCGGGUUAAGACGAAUGGCGGCAGCAUGUCUCCACGCACACUGCUGGCAAUCCAACAGGUUCUGGCUGAGGAUGAAGGUGGAGCUGCUGGAUUUAAGAGUAGCUCACCCACCAAUCAAACAAAUAUUCAUCACCGUGCCCCACGAGCCGUCACCAGCAGCUCAGAGGAAGAGGCCGAACCUUCACUCAAAGAAAAAGACCUUAAUACGAAGCUCACGGGGCAAAAUUUACAUGACAAAGACGGGUUGUUAGAUAGCAGCUCUGAAGACGAGAUGGAAGAAUUGAUUGGACAGAGAAAUAAAGCACUUCGAUUAGCAGCAAAGGAGAUCAGCUCAGAAGAUAGGAUGAGGAAAGCAGAACUGUCUGAGGAUAUAAAGACAAGCUGUCCGACACAAGUAGAGAAACAAGAACAGGUUAAUAGACGAGAAUCAGAGCGCACACCACAGGAUGCUGCUGCUGCUGCAAACAGUCAAAACCCAGUAUCCACAAACCUCUCUCCUCAGCUCUCUGGAAGACCCGCCGCACUCUUAGAGCAGUUCACCGAAGCUCCAGAGAAAAAUGGAUAUGAAGUGAAGUCAGAGAGCAGCGAGGAAAACGAGUCAGAAGAGAGCUUCAUUGAGGUCUCAGAAGACGACUCAAAAGAGGAGACUGCAGAUGAUUCCCUCGUGAUAACUGGAGAGAAAGCACAUCCAGAUGAAGUCCAUAAAGAUGACGCAAAGGCGGAAGGAAACUCGGAGGAAAGUUUAACAGAAAUUUCCUCAACUGUUGCUCUGAACUCAGAGGAAGAAGCAAAGGCGCAGAAUGAGAUGAAAGAGGAGACGGAGACGGAAUCCAGAUCAGCUCCAGCCAUCAAUGAAUGGGAACACUUUGAUGUUGAUGAGUUGCAGGCCCUGGAGAGCUCCCUGCAGGUGGAGCAGAGCAAUCUGAGGGAGCAAAAACAGCAGCAGGAGAGAAUGGCCAACACAGUCACCGGGCAGAUGUACCUGGAGAGCCAGGAGCUGCUGCGACUGUUCGGCGUCCCAUAUCUGGUGGCUCCGAUGGAGGCCGAGGCUCAGUGUGCGGCGCUCGAUUGGGCCGACCACACGCACGGGACCAUCACCGACGACUCGGAUGUGUGGCUGUUCGGAGGACGUCACGUUUACAAGAACUUCUUCAGCCAGGACAAAUAUGUUGAACAUUACCAGUACAGCGACCUGCAGAGCCAGCUCGGUCUGGACAGGACUAAAAUGAUAAAUCUGGCUUACCUGCUUGGAAGUGACUACACGGAGGGUGUGCCAGGGGUCGGCUACGUGACUGGCAUGGAGAUACUGAAUGAGUUUCCAGGACCAGGGCUGGAGCCACUGAUACAGUUCAGUAACUGGUGGUCAGAGGCUCAGGAGAAAAAGCGCCUGGUAUCUGAUCCUCGGGACACAAAAGUUAAGAAGAAGCUGAGGGAUGUGAAACUGCAGCCUGGUUUCCCCAACCCUGUGGUGGCUCAGGCUUACCUGCACCCCACUGUUGACCAGUCAGAGAGCUUCUUCAGCUGGGGACGCCCACAGCUGGACAUGAUCAAAGAAUUCUGCCUGAGUCGCUUUGGCUGGAGCAGUCGGAAAACAGAGGAGACUCUUCAACCUGUGAUCAAGCAGCUCAACACCCAGCAGACUCAGCUGCGGAUAGACUCGUUCUUCCGCAUGGAGCAACGUGAGAAGCAGGCGAUCCGCAGUCAGCGACUCCGCCGAGCGGUCACCUGCUUGAAGCGAAAAGAGAGGGAAGGAGGAGCCGAGGAGGAAGAGGACGACAGUGAGGACGAUACACAUUCCCCGUCUAAGUCUAAGAAAGGGAGUCAGGAUAAAGGAGGAGAGGAAAAAGAUGUGAGGAGAUCUGUGGCAGGAGGAGGCUUUUUAGGUUCAGAGAUGACUGAUGAAUCUCCUCUUACAGCUCUCAGAGAUAGCAGUAGCACCAGUCAUGACUCCCUCUCAGUAAAGACUGUUCCUCAGUCUAAUAAAACUCCACCUAAGAGAACCAGGAUGAGCAGCAGCAGCUCUGGUGAGGACAGCGAUGGUGGUCCUGGAGUUGCUAUGGUUACAGCCCGAUCUGUGUUCGAGGGGAGCCGGAGAGGACGCGGAGCGAAAAGCACGAGAGGGAGAGGAAGCAUGAGAGGAAAAGGCAGGGGGAAGAAGACAUGAGGACUUUGAUACGUACUCCCAAAUGUCUGACAUCUACAUCUCUGAUAAACUCAGGGUUUCCCUUUUAUGAAACAUGAAUUUGUUAAAAACUGCUAUGAACUAUGAAUAGAAAAUUAUUUUCCUGCUUGUAGAUGUUUGUGUGAUAGCAAUGAGAUUAUUGUGCAUUAAAUCUAUGAGAUGUGAUACAUGUUCACCUGUCAUUUGUCGCCCUCGUGUGUCAACAAUGAAACUGAGACAGAUGCAGGUUUUCAAACUCCUUCUUUCAGGUCUUAUUUCAGCCUCUUUUUAUCCGUGCUAUCACUUCUACCUACUCUGACUUGAAUAAACAAACAUGUUUAAACUUUUGCA